UGACCGAACCUGGCAACCCGGGAGACUGUCCAUAGCGCUGAAAAAUUUGUUGUUGUCGGGGAAAAUGGCGUCAAACGUAGAGGCCCCGGAGCGCUGGUACCUCGCCCUUCUCGGCUUCGCAGAACAUUUCCGAACCUCCAGUCCGCCCAAAAUCCGUCUCUGCGUGCACUGUCUACAGGCGGUGUUUCAGUUUAAGCCUCCGCAGAGGAUCGAGGCCCGGACACAUCUCCAGUUAGGCUCGGUCCUCUACCACCACACCAAGAACAGCGAGCUGGCCCGCAGCCACCUGGAGAAAGCGUGGUUUAUAUCUCAACAAGUCCCUCAGUUUGAAGAUGUCAAAUUUGAAGCUGCCAGCAUUUUGUCGGAACUCUUCUGCCAACAGAAUCUGGUGGACUCUGCAAAACCCCUUCUGCGCAAAGCCAUCCAGAUUUCCCAACAAACACCAUACUGGCACUGCAGAUUAUUGUUCCAGUUGGCGCAACUUCAUACUCUGGAGAAAGACUUGGUGUCAGCAUGUGACUUGCUGGGCGUUGGAGCCGAGUAUGCCCGAGUAGUUGGGUCGGAAUAUACCAGGGCAUUGUUUCUCCUCAGUAAAGGAAUGUUGCUGUUAAUGGAGAGGAAGCUCGGGGAGGUGCAUCCUCUGCUCACACUGUGCGGAACUAUUGUCGAAAACUGGCAGGGAAACCCCAUCCAGAAGGAGUCCCUGAGGGUCUUCUUCCUGGUCCUUCAGGUCACACACUACCUAGAUGCUGGACAGGUGAAAAGUGUGAAGCCGUGUCUGAAGCAGCUGCAGCAGUGCAUCCAGACCAUUUCUACACUCCACGAUGAUGAGAUCCUGCCCAGCAACCCAGCUGACCUCUUCCACUGGCUGCCCAAGGAGCACAUGUGUGUCCUCGUCUAUUUGGUGACAGUCAUGCACUCCAUGCAAGCAGGCUAUCUGGAGAAAGCCCAGAAGUACACAGACAAGGCUCUUAUGCAACUCGAGAAACUAAAAAUGUUGGACUGCAGCCCCAUCCUCUCUACCUUUCAAGUCAUUCUACUGGAGCACAUCAUCAUGUGUAGGCUCGUCACGGGCCACAAGGCCACUGCAUUACAGGAGAUCUCGCAGGUGUGCCAGCUGUGCCAACAGUCCCCUCGGCUAUUCACCAACCACGCUGCUCAGCUUCACACGCUAUUAGGUCUCUACUGUAUCUCAGUGAACUGUAUGGAUAACGCGGAGGCACAGUUUACCACAGCCUUGCGGCUCACCACACACCAGGAGCUGUGGACAUACAUCGUAACCAACCUGGCCAGCGUCUACAUAAGGGAAGGAAACCGACACCAGGAGCUGUACAGCCUCCUAGAGAGAAUAAACCCAGACCAUAACUUCCCAGUAAGCUCCCAUUGCCUCCGUGCUGCAGCCUUCUACAUCAGGGGACUCCUGUCCUUCUUUCAAGGACGUUACAACGAGGCCAAGCGUUUCCUCAGGGAGACCUUGAAGAUGUCUAACGCCGAGGAUCUGAACAGGCUGACGGCCUGCUCUCUGGUUCUGCUGGGCCACAUCUUCUACGUACUGGGCAACCACAGAGAAAGCAACAACAUGGUUGUUCCUGCCAUGCAGCUGGCCAGCAAGAUCCCUGACAUGUCUGUUCAGCUCUGGUCUUCAGCUCUGUUGAAAGACUUGAACAAGGCCCUCGGGAACACAAUGGAUGCCCAUGAAGCGGCCCAGAUGCACCAGAACUUCUCCCAGCAGCUGCUGCAGGAUCACAUCGCCGCCUGCAGCCUCCCCGAGCAUAACCUCAUCAGUUGGACUGAUGGCCCUCCUCCUGUCCAGAUCCAAGCCCAGAACGGCCCGACCACCAGCCUCGCAAGCCUGCUAUGAGAAACCACCUAACUACCUGCUCUCAGACCACUGUAGCCGAGAUUUGAGAGGAUUUCACAGGUCACAGAGUUCAGGCCUUCACUUUAUUUGCUUCACUUGCUUCCUGAUUGUCUGCUAUCACAUUUUUUUUUUUUUUUAAUUGUUGUAAAACAAUUACUACUGUUGUACAUGUAUUUCAUGCUCUGAUAGCAUGGUCGCUCACGGAGCAUACGGGCAGGGCUGGACUCUUGAUUAGAGUAGUGAAGGAAACACAGCGAUGUAUAAAAGGGCCUCUCUGCCUCAAAUAUAGAGAAGCCUUCUCUACAUUUGCCUGUUUUUUGUUUUUUUUUCCAUUUGUUGGAAAGACAAGAGGGUAGAUGAGGGGGGGCAGUAAAGAAAUGUAGAGGAAAUUAAUUUAUUCAUGUUGAUAUUUUUUUAACUGUUGGUAAAUAUUUUACAUCUUGCCUUUUUUUUUUUUCCUUUUUUUUUGUAUGGAUCCUGUUUGUUUGUCUUGGGAUUUUCUUUUUUCCAUGCAUGGAAGUUACUGAUGUGGACUCCCUGUACACUAGUUUAUGACCUGGGUUGCUAACAAUAAAUUCUUGGUAGAUCAUUUUUUUUGCACAAAAUCCACAUUAGAAAGAAUAGAGACAUCUUGUAAUAUAUUUUCACACCGUAAAUCCAUUUAAAGGUUUCAUGAUACAGAUUGGCAUUGGGUUAGGACAGCGCACAGUCAUGUGUGCAGUUCCUCUAUGGACCAGGAUAUGCCUGUGUUGGGUCUACCCUUUAAAACAACACUUUGAACUGAUGUGUUCCCUGUUGAUGUAUUCAUUUUUACAAAUUAUGUUUAGACCUUUUGGAGCUAAUAGUAAUCUUCAGAUAUUCAAAAAGUGAAUUUAUUUUAUUUUGUUAUAUUUUAAUUUCUCUUGAUAGUUCUACUAAAUGGUUUCUUUACAGUAUGUUUGUAUAGACUUGCCACUCGUUGAACCUUUAUUGUACAGUGACAUUUUAUAAAGUCAAUUUAGUAAAGUGUGAUAUGUAUUUUUAGCUAUCCUAUGUAGAAAUCUCAAUGCUUGGUAUUUAAGGCACUCUGUAAGGACACAGUUUAAGCUUAAGUACUAGCCAUAUUCUAUCCAAUGCCUAUGUUUUUAAUGCUUACAUUGUUUUCAAUAAUUUUCCAAUAAAAAUACGAUUUGAAAUUU